CGUCGCCGCCGCGGCAUGAUGGGAGGGCUGAGGCGGCGGGUUAUGGAGCUGCCCACGGGAGUCCUCUGCAGGCGCUGCUGCUCCUGCUGGCGCUGGCAGCCGCGGGGGCUCCCCGUCCUCCCGCGAGGCUCCUCCGCCUCAGCGGCCCAGAAUGGCGGGGUCGGGCUCCCGUCGCCUUCCUCUGGCCGCGGCGCCGCUCCGCCGCUGCCUCCCGCGCGCUUUUAUAGCAGUGGCGGCGACUCCAGGCCGGACGAGCGGACGGUAUUCUUGGGGUUCCCCAACCCUUUGAGAUGGCUCCGCACUCGCCUCUACUUCUUCCUCAUCCGCACCUAUUUCGACCGCGAGUUCAGCUUUCACGAGUUCACGCAGGGGGCGAAGCACGCCUUUACUCUUGUUUCAAGGCUAAUUUCUCAGUGUAAAUAUGAUGUAUUGGAGGAGCUUGUAUCAAAAGAGAUGAUUCAGAUGCUAAGGGAGAAGCUCUCUUCACUGUCUGAAAACCACAGAAAAGCCCUGGCUGCCGAGAUGGAUGAAAUUAUGUUCACAGCAGCAGGAGAUGUUGGCAUUUACUAUGAUGACAGCGGAAGGAAGUUUGUUAGUAUCCUGAUGUCCUUCUGGUAUCUGAGUAGUGCUGACAUCCCUGACAAGACUCCAGAAGGAACCAAAGUAUUCCAGAUUGCGCUUAGAGGUGAAAACACACCGAAAACAAGACGACUCUUACUAGCAAAUUAUGAGUUUCGGAGAGAAUUUACACAGGGUGUGAAACCAGACUGGAUGAUUACAUGGAUUGAACAUCCAAACCUAUUGGAAUAAGUUCACAGAACGGAGACAUUCAUAUACUAGUAAUAUUUUGGCAUAUCAACAGACAUCUCAAGAUUUGUAUGCCACAUUACACAGUGGACUAAUUUUGUGUUUUUUGCCUGAACACAAUCUUGCUUGGAAGUGCAUAAUGUCUUUCCCAUCAGACUUGAAAGCACAGUUUGGACCAGCAUAAUGGGGAGCAUGUUAGGUUGGUAUGAUAAAGAUCUUGGUGUGCUUUGGAAGAAGAAAAGUAACAGUUAAUAGUUCAAAACUGAACAGUGCAUCUUUUUUCUUCAACCAUUUUCAGAAAGUGAAAUGGGUGUUCUUAGGAAAAAAAAAAGGACUUGGAAAGAAGCGACCUUCCAAGUAUCCGACUUUACCUGACUCCAUUGAUAUAGUUACUUAACAGCCAAAGUCUUGAUUUUAGGAUCAAGAACAUUAAAAUUAAUACAUAAUGUACUUUUCAAUGCAUAUAUUAUCUGUAUCAUUUGACAAUGGAAGUAAAGAGGUUUCAGUAGACUUCAUAUUUAUACCAGAA